AUUAUAGAUCCUAUUAUUAACCAUUCUCGCCAAUUUUCAACUGUCCUUUGAAGGUAAAGAAAAGGAGAAAGAUCUUUCUCACUAAUUCUGAACUGUUGUCCAGGUUCUUUCUAAAAGAAAGAUAUAAUAAUGACAGUUAUUGUGGUUAAUUCUCCAAUGACCACGUCAACCAUCAGAUAAAAACAAGGCAAUUGGGUCAACAUUGGAAACUUCUUUAUCAUAUUGUAAUGGUUUUAAUACCUUUAAUAUUACAUUUGGUUCAAUUUUGCAGCAGCCAUAGGUUCAUCUUACUGGAGAAUCCGCCAACUUUGGUUAUUCAUACAUAACACAACCUAACCCAAUUUUCUCUCUCUGUACCCCGCUUUUUUCUCUCUCUAGAAUUUCUCCACGACAAUAGCUAUAUUUUGAAAUCCAUUUAUUGAUUUUUCCAAAUAUAUCAACUUAAUACAUUACCAAGAAUAACUCCAAGUUUUCCUUCCAUUUAUCUUCCUUCAUCUUCCCUUGAAACUUCCAUGCAUUUCAUUCCUCUCCUUUUCUGCUCCAUAUCUUUUUCAUUUGUUCCCGUUUUAGGGAGAUUUGGCCUUGAUUCGGGUCUUUAUUGAUUUCAUUGAAGACUCCUUCAUUGGUUGUUUCCAAGUCUAUCCCUGCAUCAAGACAUAGCAAAAGCUACGAUCCAUCACUUGAAGACUUAUCCAUGUGGUGGGUUUUUGAUACUUGUGGUUAGAAACCAAUUUUCUUAGAUUCCAAGAUGCAGAAGGAUGCUGGGCAACUGGAGAAGGAGCUUAUGAAUAUCAAAGAAAGAUUGGCUGCAGCAGAAGGAGAAAAAGAGAGAUUCCAUAACGAGCUGAAAGAGAUGAAAAAGGCAGCUAAUGAAGCCAAUGGAAAACAAAAUGAAGCAACGUCCAAUAGAAAGGUUGUUGAUGAUGUAUUUUCAGACCUAAAUUCCACAAUAGAAUCGUUAUCAAAAUCCAAUGAAGAGUUAAAGAUCAAAGAGGCAGCCAUUGCGUCUCAAGUUGAGAGGGCCAAGGAAUUGGAAGCUAAAUUUGCAGAGAAAGAUGCCUUAGUGCGGAAACUGAAAGAGGAGAUAGGUAAGGCUCAAUUCUCUGAGACUCAUGCAUUAGAUUUGUUGUCCAAAAGCAAAGAAAGAAUUAAGGAACUGGAGACAGAAAUAAGAGCAGGCAGGGAUUCAGAAACGAAAAUGUUAGAUUCUUUGGCUGCUCAAACAAAACGGCUUGAGCUAACCAAGAUAAUGCUUGAAGAGUCGAAGCUUGAGGUCACCACCCUCCAUGAUGAAGUUGACAAAUUGGGUUCACCAGAGAAGAAAAAAGAUGAUAAGUCUCCAUUCAACAGAGAAUUAGCGAGUCUAAAAUCGGAACUUGUGUUUGCCAAUGAGUAUCUGGCUAAAGCUCAGGAACGUGAGAAACUUUCAGCAGCUAAGGCUGAAAGAUUGGUUAAAGAGAUUGAAUCGCUUAAACAUGAACUGAAGCUAGCAACUGAAGCUGAGGGGAACAACAAGGACGCCUUGGAUGACUUAGCAAUAGCACUAAAAGAAGUUGCAACAGAAGCCCACCAAUCCAAAGAGAAGCUAAUCGAAACUGAAGUUGAGCUAGAGAGGUUGAAAAAGGAAUCAGAAGAAUGGAAACAGAAGUUCAAGAGAACCAAGGAGAAGCAUAGAACUCUAUUGGAUGAAGCAAGGAAAGGGGCUGAUCUUCACCGGAACACGGCUGAUCGGUUGAGAGUAGAGGCGGAGGAGACACUUCUAGCUUGGAAUGGUAAAGAAAUGGGCUUUGUAAAUUGUAUCAAACAAGCUGAGGAUGAAAAAGCUGCGGCACAAGAAGAGAACAAUAGACUCCUUGAAGCACUUACUGCAGCCGAGAACUUGAACGUAACAUCAAAACAAGAAAAUCAGAAUCUGCGAGAUAUACUUAAACAGGCUUUGAAUGAAGCUAAUGCAGCAAAAGAAGCUGCAGCAAUUGCUCAAUCAGAAAAUUCCCAACUCAAAGAUAUGCUGGCUGAAAAAGAUGAUGCUUUUAUCUUCAUUACUCGAGAGAACGAAAAUCUUAGAGCCAAUGAAGUUACAGCUACUGAGAAUAUCAAAGAGUUGAAGCGACUGUUGGCUGAAGCUACAGGAAAAGAAUGUAAAGCUGAAGAUAAGGAACAAGAACAAAAGCUCAAGCCAGAGAUCUCCACAGAGAAGGAGAUAGCCCAUAAAGAAAGGAAACUGAGCAAUGCUUUUAGCCUUAAUCUCAAGGAUCUAAUAAUUCAUCCUAAACACAAGGAAACACAGGAGGAUCAUAAAAUUUCUGAAAAGAACAAUGAAGAUAACGAGGAGAAUGAGGAUUCAGAGAAUGUAGAUCCCCUUAAAGGAUCAAUAUUUGAUGUAGAUUCACCUGUAUCAACAGCAGCAGCAGCAGCUAAUCACCACCAAAACAACCACCACCACCACUACCACCAUCGGAGAAAGUCCUCUACAUUUACAGAUGAUGAAUCAAUAAAUGCUGAAGAUUUAGAACAUCUAGAUGGGACUCAUAUUGAUGAUGGGGAGAAUGAAAGGAACCCCAAGAAGAAGAAGGCAUUGUUAAGAAGAUUUGGAGAUAUUAUAACAAGGAGAAAAGUUGUUCACAGAAGGGAUUCAUCAUUGGGUGGUGAUCAAACUCACAAGAAAGAACCUUCAUCAGCCGGUGGUGAAUCUCACAAAAAGGAACCCUCCUCUGCUGGUUCUGAAGAUCACAAGAAGGAGUCUUCACCACUCGCCGGUGAAGCUCUAAAAAAGGAAGCUUCUGUUGGCGAAUAAACGUUGUUUCUAUUUAAAUCUCCAACAGCUUGUAGCUCUGAUUUAUUUACAUUUGAUUUUUUGUUUUAAUUUUUUUAUUCUUUUAAAUUAUAGGGUAAAGGUAUAUAUUUAAUUAUUUACUAGUGUCUAUAUUGUGAAUAUUUCAAUUCUCAUUAUCUAUGUUAUACUGUUACUUGAAAAAUAAAAUAAAA